CCGGGGACAUCCGGGUGGCAGCCCACUGUGGCGAGGUGUGUGACGGCAGAGGCGCAGGCGAGGCUCAUAUUUGGGCACGGAGCAGGUUAUUGGAGGCCGCGGCCCCGCAGCCGGGAGAUGAGGCGCCUGAUAAAGGCUGCCCCGGUGCUGCUGCUGCUGCUGCGUGCACUGGCUCGGGCGCUGGCGAGAGGUGGCCUGGCUGCGCUGGCUGGGGGCCGGUGGCCAUGGGACCUCUGGUGGCUCUGGGGCUGCUCGUGUGCGUGCGGCUGUGCGGGGGCUCCGGGCAGCUGCGUCUGGUGGGCGGCGGCGGGCGCUGUGCCGGGCGCGUGGAGGUGAAGCACGACGGUGAGUGGGGCUCCGUGUGCUUCUUGGGGCGGGACGGGGAAGCUCGCUGGGCCGAGGUGGUGUGCCGGCAGCUGGGCUGUGGCCGGGUGGCCAGGGCGUCCUCGUCCGCCCCGUUCGGGCAGGGCAGCGGGCGGAUCUGGCUGCAGCCCUUCUUCUGCAACGGCAACGAGGAUAUGCUCAGGAACUGCUCACACUUCGGAUGGGGCCGGCAUUUGUGCGGCCACGAGCAGGAUGUGGGGGUGAUCUGCACAGAUGCUGUGGAGCUGAGGCUGUCGGGCGGUGGCAAUCCCUGUGCCGGGAGGGUGGAGGUGAAGCUGCAGGGACACUGGGGCUCGGUGGCAGACGACAGCUGGGACGUGAAGGACGCCGAGGUGGUUUGCCAGCAGCUGGGCUGUGGCUCGGCUUCCGGAGCCUCCUCCGCCCUCGAGCGCUUUGGCGUAGGGGACGGGCUCGUCAGCCUGGCCCUGGUGGACUGCAGUGGGGACGAGGCCACGCUCUGGGACUGCGAGAUCCGUGGCUGGGGACCCUAUAACAGCAGCAUCCAUGCUUUGGACACGGCCGUUGUCUGCCAAGGCUUUUCACGGCUGGUUGGUGGCGAUGGAGGCUGUGCCGGGCGGCUGGAGGUGCGUCAGGACCAGGCCUGGGUCGGUGUCUGUGAGGAUGAGGUGGACAUGAAGGUGGCCCAGGUGGUGUGCAGGGAGCUGGGCUGCGGUGAGGUGGUCGCGAUCGCCGGCAGUGGCCGAUUUGGGGCAGUGUCGGGAUCGCUCUGGGACGGGGGCUUCCAGUGCAAUGGCAGCGAGCCCCUGCUCAGUGCCUGUGCCCGGCGUCCGCCCCAGAGCCAGGUCUGCACCGGCCCUGCCAGCGUCAUCUGCUCCUCCUACACGGGCUUCCGGCUGGAGAACGGCAGCUCGGGAUGCUCCGGGCGAGUGGAGGUGGCAGUGAGGGGGACGUGGGGCUCGGUGUGCGCCAGCGAGUGGGACCUGGCCGAUGCGCACGUCCUGUGCCGCCACCUGGGCUGCGGCCGCGCCUUCAGCGUGCCCGCGGGAGGCUCCUUCGGCAGCGGGGAGGGGCCGCUGCGGCCGGACGCCUUCGGCUGCAGCGGGAGCGAGCGGCACCCGGGCGAGUGCCCCGUGGCCGUGCUGGGGAAGCCCCCGUGUGCCCCCGGAAACGCCGCCGCCGUCAACUGCUCAGGCACCGUCGAGUCCCUGCGGCUGGUGAAGGGUGAGACCCGGUGUGAGGGGUUUCUGGAGUUGGCCACAAACAGCAACAACUGGCGCCGUGUACCAGGAGAGGUUUCGCUCCUUCGGAAUUUGAGCAAUGUGUGCUUGGAGCUGGGCUGUGGAGGACUGGGGAAGAGUCGUGUUGUCCAUGGGAAGUUCUACCUGAUGGAAAUCAACCGCAUGGAGAGGCACAUCUUGGAAAACAUGAUCGAAACCACUGUCCAGAGGACCACUGAUCUUGCCACUAGGACCAUACCUGAGGAUUAUUUUGGGAGUAGUUACGAUUUAAUGACCACUGCACCAGCUGACAUCCCUCAUGGAACCUACAUUGUGUGCUCAGGCAGCCUGCAGGUGAGGCUGGUGGGGAGCCCUGGGCGCUGUGCCGGCCGUGUGGAGGUCUAUUCCGGAGGCAGCUGGAGCUCGGUCUGCGGGGAAGGCUGGGAGCUGCAGGACGCGGCCGUUGUGUGCCGGGAGCUGGGCUGUGGCACGGCCCUGGAGGCCCCGGGCUGGGCGCGCUUCGGUGCCGGCACGGGGCCGCUGUGGCCGUACAGCCCCGACUGCUCCGGCUCCGAGGGGUCUCUGUGGGAAUGCGGGCGCACGGAACGGCGCGAGUGUGGGAGCGGCGGCGGGGCAGGGGCCGUCUGCUCAGAGCAGCUCUCCGUGCGGCUGGCAGAGGGCCCUGGGCGCUGUGCCGGGUUUCUGGAGAUAUUCCAGAACAGCACCUGGAGGCGCGUGUGCAACAACGGCACCAGCAACGGCACCGCUGCCACUGUCUGCCGCCAGCUGGGCUGUGGUGACAGGGGCUGGCUCUCAGGUUUCCCUGCCCAGGAGCCGACCGAUGCCUGGCUGGCCUGGGUGGGCUGUGAGGACGGGGCCCGCUCACUCUGGCAGUGCCCCUCAGCACCCUGGCACCUGCAGAGCUGUGGCACCGAUGGGCACAUCCAUGUGGAGUGUGAGGAGCACAGUGAUGGCAUCACUGAGGGACACACUAGCCCAUAUGCAGAGGGUGGCACCAGUACAGGUGUCCCCAGCAGAACGCCCCUGGCAGUGGCCGUGGGGUCUGUGCCUUUGCCCACCGUGCUGUGCGUGGUGCUGGGGACGCUGCUGUGCCUGUCCCUGGGUGCCCUGGCCCUGCUGCUGUGCCGUGCCCGUGCCCAAUGCCGAGGCCCUGGCAGAGCUGCAGAUGCCAUCUCCAACGCUGUCUACGAGGAGCUGGAUUACAAAGCCAUGCCCGAGUACCAGGAGGUGCCCACUCCCCCAGGUUCCCUGUUGGAGGGAUGGGUGAAGAAGCUACUGUAUGACAGAGGGGACAGCGUGCAGGGGAGUGACAGCAAGGCAGCCCCAGAUGCCCCUGCCCAGCCCGAUCAAGGAACCCUGGAUGGCUACGACGAUGUCCUGGAUGUGCCCCCUGAUGCCAGCACUGGGGACAUCUCCGAGGCAGUGGCACGGCAGAGGUGGAUCUCUGUCCUCCCCACAGGUGAAAGGGCUCCCAGCUGCCGUGUCCCCUCUGCAGAGCCACUCCAUGGCAGGCUUUGGCUGUGGGGGCGGGCAGGACCCAGCAGCAGAUCCAUGGGUGCUGUGGUCAGAGCCCAGGUGGGCUUUGUCAGUGGGACACGUAUCUGCCUGGCCCCUCAGGCACUUUUCUGUGCUGUCUCCAAGCACCCCGCGGUGGCAGGGCAGGCGGGCCAUGGCCCCUGCCUGCGGCACGUCGUGCUCCGGGAGGUUGCCGAUGUUGAGGCCGGGCUGCAGCGCCCGGAGGGCGUCCAGUUCGUGCAGCGGGGCCUGGCUGAAUCCGUCCGUGCUCAGCCUGGGCGUGGAGGGGGCAGGAGAAGAGGAGAAGGUGUCGGAGGCGGGCUGGCGGAGGUGCUGCGAGAGGGGCAGGAGGGCGUGGGCUGUGAGGUGGCUGUGAGGGAGGUGCCGGCAGGGCCAACGGGGGAUCAGUGGAGCCGCAGCUGUGAAUGGGUGUCAGUGCCAUCAGAGCAAGUGGAUCCCUGCACUGGGAAUGCCCUGCCCGAGAGUCCUGUGAAGGGCUCCGGGCAGCUGCGUCUGGUGGGCGGCGGCGGGCGCUGUGCCGGGCGCGUGGAGGUGAAGCACGACGGUGAGUGGGGCUCCGUGUGCUUCUUGGGGCGGGACGGGGAAGCUCGCUGGGCCGAGGUGGUGUGCCGGCAGCUGGGCUGUGGCCGGGUGGCCAGGGCGUCCUCGUCCGCCCCGUUCGGGCAGGGCAGCGGGCGGAUCUGGCUGCAGCCCUUCUUCUGCAACGGCACCGAGGAUGGGCUGGAGGACUGCUCGCACUUCGACUGGGGCCAGCAUUUCUGCGGCCACGAGCAGGAUGUGGGGGUGACCUGCGCAGAUGCUGUGGAGCUGAGGCUGUCGGGCGGCGGCAAUCCCUGUGCCGGGAGGGUGGAGGUGAAGCUGCAGGGACACUGGGGCUCGGUGGCAGACGACAGCUGGGACGUGAAGGACGCCGAGGUGGUUUGCCAGCAGCUGGGCUGUGGCUCGGCUUCCGCUGCCUCCUCCGCCCUCGAGCGCUUUGGCGUAGGGGACGGGCUCGUCAGCCUGGCCCUGGUGGACUGCAGUGGCGACGAAGCCACGCUCUGGGACUGCGAGAUCCGUGGCUGGGGACCCUAUAACAGCAGCAUCCAUGCUUUGGACACGGCCGUUGUCUGCCAAGGCUUUUCACGGCUGGUUGGUGGCGAUGGAGGCUGUGCCGGGCGGCUGGAGGUGCGUCAGGACCAGGCCUGGGUCGGUGUCUGUGAGGAUGAGGUGGACAUGAAGGUGGCCCUGGUGGUGUGCAGGGAGCUGGGCUGCGGUGAGGUGGUCGCGAUCGCCGGCAGUGGCCGUUUUGGGGCAGUGUCGGGAUCGCUCUGGGACGGGGGCUUCCAGUGCAAUGGCAGCGAGCCCCUGCUCAGUGCCUGUGCCCGGCGUCCGCCCCAGAGCCAGGCCUGCACCGGCCCUGCCGGCGUCAUCUGCUCCUCCUACACGGGCUUCCGGCUGGGGAACGGCAGCUCGGGAUGCUCCGGGCGAGUGGAGGUGGCAGUGAGGGGGACGUGGGGCUCGGUGUGCGCCAGCGAGUGGGACCUGGCCGAUGCGCACGUCCUGUGCCGCCACCUGGGCUGCGGCCGCGCCUUCAGCGUGCCCGCGGGAGGCUCCUUCGGCAGCGGGGAGGGGCCGCUGCGGCCGGACGCCUUCGGCUGCAGCGGGAGCGAGCGGCACCCGGGCGAGUGCCCCGUGGCCGUGCUGGGGAAGCCCCCGUGUGCCCCUGGAAACGCCGCCGCCGUCAACUGCUCAGGCACCGUCGAGUCCCUGAGGCUGGUGAAGGGUGAGACUCGAUGCGAGGGGUUUCUGGAGUUGGCCAUAAGCACCGGGGAGUGGCGCCGUGUGCCAGGAGAGGUUUCGCUCCUUCGGAAUUUGAGCAACGUGUGCUUGGUGCUGGGCUGUGGAGGGCUGGAGAAGAGUCGUGUUGUCCGCGGGCAGUCCUACUUGCAGGAUAUCGACCAGAAGGAGUGGGAUAUCUUGGAAAUGGUGGUCAAAACCAUCAAGAGGAUGACCACUGUUCUGGCCACUAGGACCAUAGAUGACUAUUAUUUUUGGGCCGACUACCGGUACAUGACCACUGCACCGGCUGACAUCCCUCAUGGCACCAGCAUUGUCUGCUCAGGCAGCCUGCAGGUGAGGCUGGUGGGGAGCCCUGGGCGCUGUGCCGGCCGUGUGGAGGUCUAUUCCGGAGGCAGCUGGAGCUCGGUCUGCGGGGAAGGCUGGGAGCUGCAGGACGCGGCCGUUGUGUGCCGGGAGCUGGGCUGUGGCACGGCCCUGGAGGCCCCGGGCUGGGCGCGCUUCGGUGCCGGCACGGGGCCGCUGUGGCCGUACAGCCCCGACUGCUCCGGCUCCGAGGGGUCUCUGUGGGAUUGCGGGCGCACGGAACGGCGCGAGUGUGGGAGCGGCGGCGGGGCAGGGGCCGUCUGCUCAGAGCAGCUCUCCGUGCGGCUGGCAGGGGGCCCUGGGCGCUGUGCCGGGUUUCUGGAGAUAUUCCAGAACAGCACCUGGAGGCGCGUGUGCAAGAACGGCACCAGCAACGGCACCGCUGCCACUGUCUGCCGCCAGCUGGGCUGUGGGGACAGGGGCUGGCUCUCAGGUGUCCCUGCCCAGGAGCCGACCGAUGCCUGGCUGGCCUGGGUGGGCUGUGAGGACGGGGCCCGCUCGCUCUGGCAGUGCCCCUCAGCACCCUGGCACCUGCAGAGCUGUGGCACCGAUGGGCACGUCCAUGUGGAGUGUGAGGAGCACAGUGAUGGCAUCACUGAGGGACACACUAGCCCAUAUGCAGAGGGUGGCACCAGCACAGGUGUCCCCAGCAGAACGGCCCUGGCAGUGGCCGUGGGGUCUGUGCCUGUGCCCACCGUGCUGUGCGUGGUGCUGGGGACGCUGCUGUGCCUGUCCCUGGGUGCCCUGGCCCUGCUGCUGUGCCGUGCCCGUGCCCAACGCCGAGGCCCUGGCAGAGCUGCAGAUGCCAUCUCCAACGCUGUCUAUGAGGAGCUGGAUUACAAAGCCAUGCCCGAGUACCAGGAGGUGCCCACUCCCCCAGGUUCCCUGUUGGAGGGAUGGGUGAAGAAGCUGCUGUCUGACAGCGGCGACAGCGUGGAGGGGAGUGACACCGAGGCAGCCCCAGAUCCCCCUGCCCAGCCCAAGCAAGGAAUCCCAGAUGGCUACGACGAUGUCCUGGAUGUGCCCCAGGAGCCCCCUGAUGCCAGCACUGGGGAUAUCUCCGAGGCAGUGGCACGGCAGAGGUGGAUCUCUGUCCUCCCCACAGGUGGGAUCUACUCCCCUCCAAGUCACCCAGGAGCCACCAGGGACCACUUGGAACAGAUCCCUGGGCGCAUGGACUAUGAUGAUGUUGGCAGCAGCACCCUGGGGACAUUGCCAUGAGGAUGUACUGGCCAUGCCACAGUCCUGGGGACACGUGUGUGGCACUGUGGUGGAGCCCUGUCCCCAGGGAGGGCUGGCCCUGCCCACAGAGAUCAGCCCUUGCUGUCCAGCGGUGCAGGAAAACCGCUCCUGUGUAGGGAUUUUCUUGGAUUUCAGAGUGAAUUUCCCUUUUUUCCUAUUAAAACCCAAACUGGUCAGAGACUCAA